AUAAAUAAGUGCACGUAGUUGACUGCUCAGGAUACUCAUUCAGUCGUCUAGUCUGUAUCUCCAAAAAAUAGAGAGUAAAAAGAAGAGUGUGUGCUUCAUUUUGUACGCAUUCUUGUAUUUUGAUCCUCUCUUGAUAAUCUAUCAUAGCGGAGCUUGAACACGAGAAGAAAAAUGGUGAGAUCGCCAAGCAUCGACAAAAAUGGGAUAAGGAAAGGUGAGUGGAGUAAAGAAGAAGAUGAUAAGCUCAGGGCUUAUAUUAACAAAUACGGGAUUUGGAACUGGCGCCAGCUUCCCCAGUUUGCUGGGUUAUCUCGAUGUGGGAAGAGUUGCAGACUGCGGUGGAAGAAUUAUCUGCAGCCAAAUGUUAAACGUGGGAACUACACAAAAGAUGAAGAAGAACUCAUCUUCAACUUACAUAAUCAGCUUGGUAAAAAAUGGUCAGUUAUUGCAACAAAGCUACCCGGAAGAACGGACAACGAAAUUAAAAACUUCUGGCACACGCAUUUAAAGAAACGAACAGAAGGCCUAAAUUCAACCCUGCCAUCCAACGAGAAGAAGAAAAAAUCUAGACGUCAAACUUCCCAGAUAUCAAAACAAGAGAUCGAUGAAAUAUCAUUUGAAUCUGAUAAAGGUCGAGAAAUAAAAAGUCCUACUCUUUCUGAAGGAUUAACCGGCUCACCGAACGAAUCAUGUUGCACUGAACUCUCACAAAGCUAUUCUGAUGCACCUCUAACUGAUCUUUUCAGUUGGGUUCAAAAAAAUGGCGCUCGUGCAAAAUCUUGUGAAACCUCCGAUGGUUUGUUGAGCCAAGAACUUAACAUUGAAGAUUAUGAGUCAGAGGAAGGAUCAGCUAGUAAUGAAAUGCCUUUCAGAUGUUCUGAUGUCAGUGAUCUAAUGGCUUGGUUCGGGGAAGAUAAUUCGGUGACUCCUUCUAUCGAAGGCUUGGGUGAUAUUUGGAGUCAGUCAUUCGAGACGGAUAUUUACAUGAUCAAUGCACAUGAACAAGGUUUAUCAGAUCCCGGACUUGUUCAUCCCAGUUCUCCUGCUACUGAAGAAUUUUUUUUAUGGUCAUAUGAUUUGAGCGAUGUGUGCAUCAGGUGAUAAACGAAAACAAAUAAACCAAAGGAAUGACCGCAACAAGAGUAAAAAAAUUGUACCGUAACAAGUUUUAGUUUUGCCUUUUUAAGUUUUAAGUUUUAACCGAGCUUUAAUUACUGUUAUCCAGGAGAGAGUGAAAAUGCUCAUGAUAACAGGUUGUGCAAUCCUCAAGGAAAGUGAUUGCACAAGUGUAUUUAUUGUUAAAGUGAAUAUAAUGCGAUAAAUACAGUACUC